AUCUUUGAGUGAGAAAGUGUUUGCUUAAUGUUUAAACAGAAUUUUUAACGUUUCUCGCCUUGAUCUGCUAUUGUACUAAAACUACAGUGAAAAGAAGGUUCUCGCAAUGAUUUUCGAUUGAGUUUACGUGUAUGUGUCGCAUAAUAAUCCAAUGUUGAUAAUUGUUUGUGUGACCAGAUGAUUACAUUAUGUUAUUCGUUAAAUGAAGGUCAAACGGCCGUCGUCAACAGAUUUUUGCUGUAAGGAAUAAAAUCGUAUAGUAGUUACGAAUCAGUUCUUAUUGAAAUCGUGUGUAAAAGUGAAUUCACAAUUAAAAUGAGGUUACAAGCAGGCAAUGGUGGCGAGACGACUUGGUGUUUCAGUCAGGUCAAAGGCACCCUAGAGGAUGACGUCACCGAGGCGGAUCUCAUAUCGUGCGUGGAGUUCAACCAUGAUGGGGAGCUGCUGGCCACCGGCGAUAAGGGCGGACGAGUUGUUAUAUUUCAGAGGGACCCAGCGUCGAAGCAAUGCGUACCCAAGAAAGGAGAGUACAACGUAUACUCCACUUUCCAAUCACACGAACCGGAGUUUGACUACCUCAAGUCGUUGGAGAUUGAGGAGAAGAUAAACAAAAUAAGAUGGCUCAAGCGGAAGAACCAGGCUCACUUUCUGUUAUCCACUAACGAUAAGACUAUUAAACUAUGGAAGGUUUCAGAGCGCGACAAGCGCGUGACGGGGUACAACACGCGCGAGGAGGGCGGGCGGCCGCGGGACCCGGCGCGCGUCACGCAGCUGCGCGUGCCGACCGUGCGCCCCGCGGACCUCAUGGUGGAGGCGUCGCCCAGACGGAUAUUCGCGAACGCGCACACGUACCACAUAAACUCGAUCUCGUUGAACUCGGACCAAGAGACCUACCUGUCGGCCGACGAUCUGCGCAUCAACCUGUGGCACCUCGAGAUCACCGACCAGAGCUUCAACAUUGUAGACAUCAAACCGGCCAAUAUGGAGGAGCUUACCGAGGUCAUUACCGCCGCGGAGUUCCAUCCGACUGAAUGCAAUCUCUUUGUAUAUUCUAGUAGUAAGGGUACAAUAAGGCUGUGCGACAUGCGCGCGGCGGCGCUGUGCGACCGGCACGCGAAGCUGUUCGAGGAGCCGGAGGACCCGCACGCGCGGUCCUUCUUCUCGGAGAUCAUAUCCUCCAUCAGCGAUGUGAAGCUUAGCAACUCGGGCAGAUACAUGAUGUCUAGAGAUUAUUUAGGAUUAAAAGUAUGGGAUCUUAGAAUGGAAACAAAACCUGUAGAAACAUAUCCAGUGCAUGAAUACCUCAGAUCAAAGUUGUGUUCAUUGUAUGAAAACGACUGCAUCUUCGACAAAUUUGAGUGCUGUUGGAGCGGAGAUGACCAGAGGCUCAUGACGGGCUCCUAUAAUGGAUUCUUUAGGAUAUUCGAGCGCAGCGGAGGCGGCGGCGGAGGCGGCGGGCGGCGCGGCGAGCUGACGCUGGAGGCGUCGCGCGAGGCGGCCGCGCGGCCCCGCCAGCCGCUGCGCGCGCGCCGCGUCGCCACCACCGCCAAGAGGAAGAAGGAUGAAAUAAGCGUCGACUGUCUGGACUUCAACAAGAAGAUACUGCACACCGCGUGGCACCCGCACGAGAGCGUCAUCGCCGUAGCGGCGACCAACAACCUGUUCCUGUUCCAAGACAAGUUCUAGCGUCGCCAACACUCUGUACUGGGCGGAUAGAGCACCCCGUAUAACGACGCCGGUCACUUUUGAUUCGAGUUCUGAUUAUGAAACACCCUGUAUAACAAUGUCGGCUUACGUUUGAUUCGAGUUCUGUUUGUGAAACAACAACCCGUAUAUUAUCGCAGUUCGCUUCUUAUAAUCGAACGGAAAAAUAACAUGCUGUUUAGCGAUGCCGGUUUCAUUUUUCUCUAAGAUAUUCGCGAAAAUACAACGAAACUCAUAUACGGAGCCAUCCUCAUAUAUAGUUCCAGGAAAUGUUGUAGCGUCGACAACUUGCUGUACCGGGCAUAUUGAACACCCUGCGUUUGGUUUAUCGCUCGUAGAUACAACUUGCUGGCGGAAAAUAACUUAUAAAAAAAAUAAUCAGUAUACUGCUCUAGGAUAUAUGAGUUUUUUUUGUACAUCGAAUUUUUUAUUUCUGCUCUAAUAAUAUUUUAUUUGUUUUGGUACUGUUUGGCUGUUUUCGGCUUGAUGAUUUAGUCGACGAUUUAAAAUAUCACGGCGAUUUAAAAUAUCAACGGCAAACAAAAAUAUCACGUUUAUUCUAAAAAAUAAAAAUACGUCAAUAGCGACAUUAUAUUUCUUUAAUUGUAUUAAAAUCACCCUGUAUAACUUGUGUGGCGUUUGCGCUGUUGGAUCGGCGUUUAAAUAUUAUAGUUUUAUUAUUCCCAUUAGAAAACAGCAUACUGUAUAAGACAUUUUAUAUAGCAUUAUAAAGAAAGGAUAAGCGAUUAAUUUGAAUAAUUUAUACAACUGCCGAUCGGAUAGUGUCAAAGGCCAUAGGAAAAGGAUCUUUUGAAAGGCAUAUUAAGGUCUCAAAUGUUUUAAUGUCAAUCAUCGUCGUUCGAUAUUUAUAUGUCGAGUCCUGACUGAAAAUGUCGUUUUCUUCAAAAGAUCUUUAAAAUACAAACAUAAAAGCAGUUUGAAACUUGAUUUUUGAAUUUUGUAAUCGCAAGUUAUCAGCGCCGAGAAUUCAUCCGCAUUGUUGAAAUUUAAGCAUUCUUUCGCCGAGACCUUCAAUUUAACAAAUCGGUUAUAGUAUUUGUAAGUGGAAUUGUGAAUGGCAAAAAGGUCGUAUCGGACUGUUUCUUAUUGUCAAUGAAAUUUAUCGUGAUGUUAAUAAUAAAGGUGAAAUUAUAUUAAAAGCUGUAACAUUCCCAUAACAGCGUUGGCAUUCGCUAUAAAAAGUUAAUUUUAACACUAAAACUAGCAUUUAGACUAAACAAUUUUUAGUGCUUUACUUUUUCUUUUUCUAAAUUUUUCCUCAAAUUGUAUGAAUAGUCGAAACUCAGUACAGAGGUGAAUAAAUAUAGGAAAAAAGAAAUAAAAAAUAAACGCCAUAUUAAGCUUCGUUUUGCGUCCGAAAGUAUAAUAUAGUCCAUACCCCGUGGCUUCCGAUAGCCCUAACGCUUUAUUAUAGAAUAAGUAGGUGAAUCGAAUAUAUUACUGUUAGUUGUUGUGUUUGUAUGGUAGUUGCAAUUUUUAUAUAAUUCACGAACAGAUAAAUGAUUUUUACCCCCAGUUUUGGUAGUUUUUGAAUCACUUUUUUUUUUCACAAAUAUCAAAUUCGUAGGUAUAUAUCGUUUUAUGUUGUCAGAAACAUUGGCUAUGUCACAGAUAAUAUAUUGAAUAUUGAAUUAUGUAACGAUUGCAACGAUCCUACGAACGAUAUAUUACGAACAAAAUAUAACCAAAAUGAUUUGUGUCGUUACCACCGGCUUAUGGGCCUAAAUGGAAUCCAUGUUUCAUUAAAAAAAUAAUGGCUAUAUCGUACAAUAUUUCUUAUAAUAAUAAAAAACGUAAUGGCGCAACCGGCAGGACGAUUCUUUUGUGCCCAAAUUAUUAUAAGCGCGAAUUUAAAGUUUCGGUCUAAAAGACCAAUAAUGAUACACAUAUUGUAGUUUAUGUAUAUAGCUUUUUUAUAUGUAAUUCCCCUUUUUUUCGAUUACGAUAUUGUCAAACCGAGUUAUCUUUUAAAAUCGUUAGUAAUUUGUGAGUUUCAAUCGAAAAACCAUCUCGAAGCGCUUCUACUUAAGGUUUUUAAGCGGUAAUUAUUUAUUUUUCAUGUCACUAGUUGACACCGAGAUUAGUUAGUAUCGAUAUAAUGAUAAGAUAUUUUCAUAAACACGGAAUAUCGGUAGCGUUUAGUUGUUGUGUGGUGAGUUGCGGUUAGAAUUGCGAGAGAACGGGCGGUUCUCCUUUGAAAAGUUGGUUUUAUUUUGUAAAUCCCUUAUGGAAAUCAAUUACAACAAAUUAAUUAAUGUUAUAUUGUAGCAUUUCUGAUAAAUACAAUGAUUUUAUUGCUAUCAUUUCAUAGGUGAAUGGAUGGGAAUUUCAAAUCAUAAUCUUUAAGAAAUAAAAGUGAUAAUUUAGUUGAUGUUCGAAGUAAAUAUUUUGUAGUGAAUUAGAAAAGGGAGCCGCCUGUUAUAUUCCAAGAUUUAGCACUAACUCUAUUUGACAAGGACUCGUAUACGUAAUAAGUGAACUUGCAGUGUCAGGGCCCGUGCCUUACUGGACGUAGAUGUUUGUUAACUUUUUUAUUUAUUAUUAUUAUCUAUUUUUUUUUAAUUAUUAUUUUGUGAACGUUUUUUGUUGUACAACUCGUGAGUGAACUUACGGAUAUGAAUGUUUUCGAAUUACCCUCAAAUACAUUUGUCUUCAUUAGAAUAAUGAGGGUAGGAUAGGUGUUAUGUUUUUUAAAAUCUACGAACACUGUUUUUAAACGUUAACGGCGUGUAACAAAUAUCAAAUCACAUUCGUAUCAUGGGAUUAAUCGGGCAUAAUUACUUAUUUGUUUAUAACUUGAAACUUUGAUUAUUGGAAACGAAAAAAAUGUAAAUAAGCGUAAGAACGAAUGGAGGCCUGAAUAAUUUAAACGGAAAGAAAUAAUAUCGUCACAAUUGUAUUAUUGUAUUGUACAGUUUAUUAUAUACAGUUUGUACUCGUGUUGAAAAUUAUGUUCAUCGAUAUUCGUAAUGAAUUUUUUUGUAAGCCUUUUUAUUGUAUAAUUUUAAGAACUUAGUCCGGUGUGUUGUUUAUUCGAUUGAGCGUCGUGUUUGGCUGCAGAGCACUCGUAGUCGCGUAGCGGUCGGCGGUCGGAGAUCCUUAUCAUAGUUUUCGUACGUUCGGGGCCAAGGUCAAUUCCGAGCGCGUCGUUAUUUAAGCGUAACAUUAUGCUGUCCGCUACGUUAUUGGCUGAUAGAUAGUGAUAAAUGUGUGAUAAUUAUCGUGAAAAAAAAAAUUAAUGCCUUCGCAGCUAAGUUUUAUAUUGCUUCGAAAGCAACAUAGGAAUUGACUCCGACCCCCUCCCCCCGAUGUAAAGAAAAUGUAGUAUAGACAGCGUACGUGCGGUGUGUGAGAGAUGCGUGUUAGUUUAAGUCUAGGCUAGUUAGGCAAAAACUGUGAAUGCGAACAGUAAUUACAAAAAAAAAAAGUUUUUUUCUUUCAUGCUCGAUGGAUCAACAGUCAUGUGAUAAUGAGAAAUUUCAUUUGUAUUGGGUCGUAUUUAGUGUCACAACGAAAUGUGCGCGCGCCCGUUAUGACGUAUAAUAAUCGAUUCGCGUUGCGAGUGGAGUUGUAGCUGUUACGGCUAUGGCGCUUUAAAGUUAUCCAACGACAGUUGCGGCGCGAAUCGAAACGUGUUGCGAUGUAGUGUUGUGCCAUGUGAGUGGGCGGGCGCGCGCUGCCGGCGAUGUUGUUGAAUCCAAAAUAUUUCCUAUAAUAUAAAUUUUUAUAUCUGAA